CCAUUUUUUGGCCCCGCCACUUCUGAGCCUCCAAGCAACCUGGCCGCCCCCCGCCCACCCGCAGGCCUGCCGCCCGCCCCGCUCGGUCCCGCCGCGACAGCGAUGCCCGCCUCUGCGCCCGCCGCCACCUCGGCACGUCGCGCAGCCGCGGCGCCCCGCCGCCGCGGCGGCCAGCGCCACCAGCUCGGCGCGGAGGGGAGCACGCGCGACAGGUUGCUGCUGCAGGAGGCCCGCGACGUGCUCGCGGACGGCGUCUGCGACGCGCCCCUGCGGCAGGCUGGCCCUGCCGCGCAGUGCCCCGCCGAGGCACUGACGGCAUUGAGCUGGAGCCCCGCCAGCACGGCCUGCACGGACACCUCGCAGCACGUGGCGCCGCUGGCGCUGCCGGCGGCCGCCGCGGACCUCGAGGGCGCCGGGUGGCCUUCGGUGCGCGAGGCGGGGCGUCGGCAGGCUGCCGAGCGCGACUGGGACUUCUGCAGCGAGGUGAGCGACGAGGAGGACGGCUCUUGGGUGGAGGAGAGCUGGACGCGCGCCUUGUCGUCGCGCCAGGGCCCGAGGGCGGCUCGCCCUGGCCGGCGGACGGCUCUGCCGCGUGGCUCAUGA